GCUCCUGGUUGGCUCAUUUCCUAAACUGAGCCAGAAAUUAUGUUCAAGCUCGGGUCAUAUGUUAAGAGAACCAAGUUCAUCAAGGCCCUUAACGAAUCAAGCCUCGAAUUGCUAAUUGGUUCAUUUUCAGUCUUAUAUGGAUCAAGUAUAUGGAUCAAGUCAUUGUCAAUGCACAACUCUAAUAAACAUCCCUAGCCAGCUAUAAAUAGCAUGUUGGGUUCUCGUGAUUCCAAACCAUCCAUAUAUUAAACAUCCCCAGUUUUCUUUCUCUCCCGAUACUAUGGAAUCCUCACCAUUUUCCAUUGAAACUCUAGUUAAGAAGGUCAGGGAAGAGAUUUUCUCAACCUUCGAUGUUUACAACUCAUUUGUUUCCGUGUCUGCGUAUGAUACUGCAUGGCUGGCCAUGAUUCCAGCUGAAAACCCUAAUAAGUUCGAGCAAUGCUGCGGCCCUAUGUUCAAGGGUUGCUUGGAAUGGGUUUUGAAUAACCAGAAAGAAGAAGGGUUUUGGGGGGAGAGAGAUAUGAAUGGUCUUCCUACCAUUGAUACCCUUCCUUCGACUCUAGCUUGUAUUGUUGCACUCAAAAAGUGGAACCUUGGAGAUACAAAUAUAAACAAAGGGUUAGCGUUUGUUCGUGAAAAUUUGGAGACGCUUCUAAAAGAAAGACAUCACAGUCUUCCUCGUUGGUUUACAAUUGUUUUCCCUGCAAUGGUUGAAUUAGCCCAAGCCACAGGUUUAGGUGUUGCCGAUGAGGUAAAAGGAGUACUCGCAGAUGUUCUACUCAAGAGGGAACAAUUUCUUGAAACGGAAGGAGACGUAAAUGAUUACCAGUGCUAUCCUCCAUUACUGUCGUUCCUAGAAGCUUUACCAUCCACACGUAACAUCGAUAGAGAAAUCAUACUAAAGAGCUUGAACCAGGAUGGCUCUUUGUUUCACUCGCCCUCUGCAACAGCUUAUGCUUUCAUGGCUACAGGAGAGAGAAAGUGCAAAGAAUACCUCGAGAGACUUGUUCGAAGAUGUCCUCGCGGAGUUCCACCAAUGUAUCCAAUGGAUGAAGAGCUCAUAAAGCUUAGUUUGGUAAAUCAAGUUACGAGGUUAGGAUUGGCUGAGCAUUUUAGUGGAGAGAUUGAAGUGAUUUUGUCAGAGGCUUACAGGAGUUACAAGAGGCCACAAACAAGAGUGGAUAAUUUGAAACCAGCAAAGUUAUACAAAGACUCUUUAGCCUUCCGGCUCUUGCGGAUGCAUGGCUACGAUAUAACUCCACGGAGCUUCUGUUGGUUUGUGCAUGAUGAAGAAAUCUUGGCUCAUAUAGAAAGAAACAGUGGAUAUUUCAUGAGUGCAAUGCUCAACAUUUACAGAGCUACAGAUCUUAUGUUUUCAGGAGAAAAUGAACUGAAGGAGGCAAGAUCAUUUGCAAGGAAAUUGCUUGAGAAAAACAUGAGGACGAGAUGUGAAGAAGAUGGUCUUCUAGAGAUGCCAAGCUUUCAUGAAGUGGUUGAGCAUGAGUUAAGUCUUCCAUGGAUUGCUCGAUUGGAUCAUCUUGACCAUAGAUUUUGGAUUGAAGCAAAUGAUCAUGUCGAUGCUCUUUGGAUUGCAAAGGCCUCCUUCUAUAGGUUAUCAUGUCUUCAUAAUGACAAGCUAAUGAAACUAGCUGUGGAGAACUACAAGCUUCGGCAAUCGAUCUAUCAACGAGAACUCGAAGAAGUGACAAGAUGGUCCAAGGAGUGGGGGCUCAGUGAGAUGGGUUUUGGCAGGGAGAAAACAACAUAUUGUUACUUCGCUGUAGCCGCCAGCAGUUCUCUGCCACGUGGUUCAGCUGUUCGAUUGAUUGUUGCAAAAAGUGCCAUACUUAUUACGGUUGCAGAUGAUUUUUUUGACAUGAAAGGUUCACUUGACGACUUGCAAAGCUUGAAUGAGGCAGUACAAAGAUGGGAUGGAAAAGGUUUGUGUGGGCAUGGUAGGAUUAUCUUUGAAGCUCUUGAUGGCCUUGUCACUGAUAUUGCUAAGAAACACCUCCGUCAACAAGGAAGCGACAUUACUGACAAUCUUCGAGAUAUUUGGCGGGAAACGUUUGGCUCAUGGCUGGUGGAAACUACAUGGAGCAACAACGGAUUCAUACCAUCCAUGGAGGAAUACCUUGAGACUGGCAUGAUUUCUAUUGCCAACCACACAAUAGUUCUUCCAGCUUCGUGUUUUCUCAACCCGAAUUUACCGAACCACAAACUCAAACCUUCCCAGUACGAACCCGUCACAAAAUCGCUAAUGGCUUCAUCGCGAUUAUUGAACGACAUUCAAAGCUACCAGAAGGAGCAACUAGAUGGGAAAGCAAACCUUGUUUUGCUCCACCUAAAAGGCAAUCCAAAGGCAGAGAUUGAAGACUCAAUUUCCUAUGUCAAAGGGAUGCUAGAUGAGAAGAAAACAGAGUUAUUGGAGCAUGCUUUGAUGGAUUAUGGCUCCAAUGAUUUGCCCAAACCAUGCAAGCUUCUCCACUUAUCAUGCCUAAAAGUCUUUCAGAUGUUUUUCAACUCUUCCAAUCGAUUCGACUCGGAUACAGAACUAUUUGAUGACAUUAAAAGAGGGAUUUACAUUCCUCCAGAGAAUCCAGCCCCUAGACGAAUUCCAUCUCCUUUCAAAAUGGAAACGAAAUGUUCAAAAGUUAAGGCUCGUGUGAUCGGGGAAUCCAAAUAUCAAGGCAGCAGGAAUUUCAAUACUGGACAGAACUUUGCACGGAGUGCUACUCCAAUACCAGUUGGGCGUGAAAAAGUCAUUAUCCCACCAAAGUUCGGGUUGUGCUUUCCGGCGACAAAGGAUUUCCAGUGGACUGCAGGGGUUAGAGGUAACUUCGGGAGAGCGUUUCUCUUGGGAAGGGGCUAUUAGUCUCUGACUCUCUGCAAUGGGUUGAAGUUAGUGUUGGGUACAUCUGAGCAGCAAUUUAUAUUUCAGUUAUUUUUGUUGGCAUCUUGUCAACAGUAUUGUGUUUUUAAUAUAUCAUUUGAAUAAGCCUUUGCAAGUAACAGCAGUAGAAGAGUCGUCGUACUCUUUGAAGCUCUCUCAAUACACUUCUAUGAUCUUUACAAUUAACGAGAUUUUUCUUUGCGAUUCAAAAACAUGAAUCAAGCCACCA